CGCUGUCAAUGCUUUCACAAACAAAGUGGUGCUUGCUCCGUGCGGGAAGUGGCUUUUAAUCUGGGCAUCUUCCGAUUUGUUAGUCCAACAUUUAUAGUUCUACAAUGAACGCCAAAAUAGGCAAGCAGCGUGCUCAACCGGACGACAUGAUGGCCACUGGUGGUUUGAUGCCGCUUAUUCAGGCGCUCAUCAAACCGCCGGAAACGAUUGAUUCGAUGGGGCGUAGCCAGCAAAAGCGGGCCAAUCAUCCGUACUAUAGGAAACCGGGCCGUGGACACAACAACGAUACGUGCGAUUCGUGCAAAGAAGGUGGCGCGUUGCUUUGUUGCGACCGAUGCCCGUCCUCUUUCCAUCUCAGUUGUCACGAUCCUCCGCUUUCCGAGCAGGAAAUACCCUUCGGGCAGUGGGUCUGCCAUACUUGCAAAUGCAAAUCCGCGCUUGAAGAAACACUGGGCAUAAGCGAGAAGCCAACGUUGCGCGACCGUAGCCUGUCGCUCAAAAGUUACAACUCCAGCAGUUCUGGUGGUAAGCAUUCGCACGAAAGCGACAACAAUGAUUCACUGGCAGGAUAUAGUGAACCAACCACACCACUGUCGGAAGCCGUUGCCCUCGAUUCCACUGGUUCGUUGGCGGGCGAGCUAGAACAGGUCGAGGCGAGCGUGGAAAAGCGAUGGGACGAGUGUAAACCCAUUACCCCAUUCGACCAACUAAUACAAGCGGCUCGAAUGUUAAACCCUAAACAGUUUGAGCUACCAUCGGACAUGGAAACGUAUUUCCCGUUUCCUGGCACAGAAAAGCCGGAAGGGCUCGGUAAGCGGGCGAAAUUGAAAAAGAUGCAUGAGCUAGAUAGCCAGGGAUUGGUGCCACUGCCUGCGAGAACUUGUCACAACUGUGGGCAGUCUUGCCGCAAGGCGCCACUCGUUGCUUGCGAUUACUGUGAGCUGGUGUUCCAUCAGGACUGUCUCGAUCCGCCACUUACAGCUAUGCCCACCACGAUGUGGAUGUGCCCCAAUCACGUGGAACAGUUUGUUGACUCUAAAAUGGUAAGCACCGUGUCGGCAACGGAACGUAUACGGCUGUGGAACCAAUUUAGCAACGAUAUCGAUCCCGAAAAAGUGAAAACGGAAUUUCUACGCAAAGUGCAUCGGAAAAAUCCUCCCUUCCGAUUGAAGCAAAAGGUUCGGCCGCGAACCAAAAUUAUCGUACCACGGUCGAUCGCGUAUCACUACCAGCACCGUCCACCGAUGCUCCCUUCGCUUAGCACGUUUCUGCGAUCGCGCCAAGCAAACCCUUCGGUGCAUUUUGCGGACGCACAACCGGUUCGAUACGAUGACGAAACGCUGCUGCAAAUUGUGGAACGUGAGCUGCAAGCCAUCGAGCAAGCGGAUGAACGAAUGGGCUUUGAAAAAAUGAGUACCGACAGUGAUGAUGAAAGCAAAGAAGUAGCAAAUGGGGACACGACCGAUGCAAAUGGUGCGAAUGCUGCGGGACACGAAAACGAGUGCAAUGGCGAGACCGAGGAAGCUAAAACGGGAAAUGAACCCUUAGCAAAGAAUGGACAGAACGAUGCCGACGAUAAAGAAGCAAGUUUAAAGGUUGAUGCCAGUCAGCGGAACGCGCUAGACAUGAGCCCAAGCUUAAAAGAUGAAAUUAGUGAGAAAAAAGAAAAUGCACAAAAGAAUCUGAACGAUCUGGUGAUGCGCGAGAUGGACAAUCUUGGACCUGCGUUGAUAAGGCUGUUGGCGGUGCAACGCAUGCAGCAGCUAAUAGCAGAUCAUCCCGAGUUUUUGGUUAGUUCUUCUACCUCUAACGGUAGUAGCGCGGCGGCACAGAAGGAAGCAAUCGAACAGAUGUGUCAGAUGGAUGAGGAUCUAAAGAAGAUGCCACUGCCCAGCGAGUUGCUUACGAAGGACGAUAUUGAGCGAAUAGCGCGUGACUUUGCUCUGGCCAAUAGUGGUAAUAUCGGGGUGAAAGAUCGCGGGCUGGGCAAAGAAGCGCUCGCUCAAAACCGACCGGAUAAGGGAAAAACGAAAAAGCAUCUCACAAAGCAGGAUGUGUCGGAUGCAACCGUUACUACCUCGUCCGCCAAAAAGGACGGCCUGACGGAGCUGACGAAUCGCAUCGUGAAUCAAGCACAGCAGCUUCAAAUUCGGGUACGAGCUGCCCUGACCUGGGUGAAUUUGGAUCAGGAGGGAUACUUUUCGUUCGAAAAGGUGGACGCUUCGGAUGCGAUCUGCAUGUCGUACCGUUCGUUUACCAUCGGGUCUGGACCGGGCAACGAUGUAACGCUGGCCAAGUACGGCGAAUGUUGCUGUACAUCGAGCCGCCAUGCGAUCAUAUUCUACGAUGAGGUUACACAAAUGUUCGAGUUGAUAAACUACUCCGAGUUUGGAACGGAAGUGAACGGACAUUUGUACGCUUGCGAUUUUAGUGACCAUUCAACGGUACGCUGUACGAGCGAAUCGUCCACCCAGCUGGAUACCCUUGCUGACGGUAAGAAAGCAAUAAGUGAUGGACAGGACAGCAGUAGUGGUAGUGCGGGUACGCAAGGGCCCGGUACAAAAGCUGAUCCUCGAAAUCAAAUCAAACAGGAGGUGCAGAGUAUACUCGAAAAAUCUCGCAAAACGCAGGCACAGUUGAGACAGGAAGAGUUUUAUGCUUCCACGUGCAUGGCCGACCGAUCCAUACCGCUGUGCAGAUGUUCGCCAGAGCGGCGAAUUCCGACGCGUGCGUGUGGUUGGGAGGGUAGUGCCAUACUGUACCAUGGUGCGCUGAUCCGCUUCGGUUGCCACGCAUUCGUUUUCACCAUCGUUGACUAUGAUGAUGGGCAGGAGGAGUUUGAAGACUCGUAUCGGGAUAGCGAUAGUGAUUAAUUUAACGCUUAUACAUUGAGCUGCAUUAUACAAAAAUACAUAUUGAGAUGUGAAAUAAAAUUGAACUGACGUGUAGAUGAAAAGUGAAUGUAGACCGUAA